AACCACGCACAUGCUCUUGACCUUCUUUAGUCAACAAAACCAAGACCCCAUAAAACCAAAUCCGCAUUUCUUACAAUUCAACCACAAAAAUAGGCAAAAAGACGCCGCAAUUUCUCCAAGGUAGUGUUGAAGUUUUGUUAAUUUUAUUCCAAUUAUUAGGCUACUUGUAGUUUAUUUUGAUGCUGUGUGUAAAACCUCGCCCUCUCUUUUCCCCGCCAUUUUCUGUCACUUUCUCAUCUCCCAAACACCCCAAAAGACCCUUCACUUUAUCCACCAAAUCCUCGAAAACCUCGAUCACCAUGUCCAUUGUUGAGCAUGUUGUACUUUUCAAGGUCAAAGAUGACAUUGACCAGGCAAAGGUCAAUAUGAUGCUCAAUGGCCUCAAUGGCUUGGUGUCUCUCGACCCUGUUGUCCACCUUACUGCAGGUCCCGUCUUUCGCACGAGGUCUCCAAUCUCCAAUUUCACGCACAUGCUCCAUAGCCGGUACAAGUCCAAAGAGGAUUUGAACUCAUAUUCCGCACACCCCGAUCACCUUCGUGUCGUCAAGGAAAAUGUCCUCCCCAUUUGUGAUGAUAUCAUGGCCGUUGAUUGGGUUGCCGAUAACGAUCCUUUGCCGUUGUCCUUACCCUGUAACUCUGCCAUCAAAGUGACCUUCUUGAAACUUAAAGAGAAUGUUAAUGAUGAAGUGCAAGGUGAGAUUUUAGGGGUAAUUAAAGGGAUUAAGGACGGUGUCUCCGGUAUUCAACAGAUCACUUGUGGGGAGAAUUUCUCACCCGCAAGAGCUAAGGGCUUUUCGAUUGCCUCGGUUGCGGUUUUUAAUGGAGUCAAUGAAAUGGAAGAGAUUGAGGGAAACGAAGAAUAUGUGAACCUACAGAAACAGAAGGUUAGGGAUUAUUUGGAUGGUGUCAUAGUUGUUGAUUAUGUGGUGCCAUCAUCAUCAUCAUCAUCAAAUCUUUGAUAUGUUAUUAACUACAAAGAAAACCUUGUUACUUGCUUAAUUAAUGGUUGCUGUUGGAACAAUAUUCAACUUUGAAUAAUUUUGGGACUGAUUGGUUUUUAAA